UGAAACUACCCUAACCUCAAUUCAAUCAACGUUUGUUGUCAAUAAAACCGUUAUUAUAGUGCUGUUUGAUGCAAGAGAUGGUGUGUUUUGUCUUUAUUUCUUAUUUUAAUGUCGUUAAAAUGUUUCCCAAAGUUGUAAUAUUGAUUUUAAUCGAUAGCACGACGAGAAUACCCGAUCUUUCACUCCACACCUGUCGGAAAUCGAUGGCCAAUGCGCAUCAUUAUCGAUUUUUAGACGGUAGUUUGAAGCGGCUGCAGCUUUACAAGGAACGCCUCUACUCGAUUGGAAAAAUAUUCUCACAUAUCGGACUACUAUUCUCUUCAUUCAGCUUCUAUCCAUCGUCCAUUACUUGACACCGAGCGACUCCUACUAGUGACGGCACACUACCUUGGAGAACCCCACCAGUGACGUCACUCGACCUUGAAGGACCCGCAGCAGUGACGUCACCUACAAUCCAAGAUGGCGGCGAUGCUGGCGGAGAACUACCAGCUGAAGUGGCACAGUCACGGCGUGAACCUGCACUCGUCGAUCGCGACCCUGCAUCGGUCAGAGUCGUUCAGUGACGUCACUCUGGCCACAGCUGAUGGCCGCUAUGUGUCCGCGCACCGAUUCGUCCUGAGUGCGUGCAGCGCCUACUUGCAUCAGCUGUUUCAGGCUACAAGGAACGCGUACCCAGGCCUAGCUUCAGGGGUAGGAGGUGGGGCACCUUUAGUAGUGGUGCUCCCAGCUGACAUCGGCUAUCGUACACUUAGUGUACUCCUGCAGUAUAUGUACAGUGGCGAGGCGACAGUAAGUCAACAGCAGUUGGAUGCUGUGUUGAGGGCCGGCGAGAUUUUGCGCAUCAAGGGUUUAUGUAGGACAGGGGCCGGGGGUUCGGGGUCCGGUAGACAUGGCAGUGGCACGCAUAAGGAGAGGGACAGAGACAGAGCUAGCAGACCGACAGGCGUGUUAACCCGUCAAGACCCGAAUAUAAGGAGUAGUCGACCGCUGGAAUCGCCUGCUACCGAUACUGAAGGUAGUCACCAACCUCACUUGAAGGUGGGUGCCUCCAAACGCCCUGCGUCGGCUAGCCAAGGAACGCACACACCUCCCAAUCCCCCACCACCGCCCGCCAAGAAGUCGCACUCUCUGCCCCCACCCGAGAACCAGAAGGAGAAUGUCGAGGAGUUGGUUGGAGGAGGCAGUGACAAGCAGAGAGAGGAGCGAGAGCGAGAGAGUGACGAAGGAGUGCUAGGCAUAGAGCAGAGUAUGCAGAUAGAGUUGCUGGUGAAAGAGGAGCCCAUAGAGUGGGACAACAUGGAUGCUCCACCACCCCACCCUGACUCGGACAAAGCGGUGCUACAUUCAGAUAUCAACAUCAAGUCGGAACUCUACUCAGGUGAUGAGGGGGAAGAGGGUGGAGAUGAAGAGGAUGAGGAGGUGGAAUUUGAGGAGGAUGAGGAGGAAGGAGAGGGAGGUGAGGAGGAUGAGGAUGAGGAAGACAUGAGUGCUUUCUAUGCGCCGUUGACCUGUGACAUGUGCGGACAGACUUUCACCACUCCUGCGCUCUGGGUCAGGCACACUGAGACGCACCCUCCCACCGAACUGCCUAGGCGCAAGGCUAAGCGCAAUACAAGUGGAGGUGACUCGCUGGCUACGAACGGCUCAGCUGUGGGAGAGAAAGGGGACGAUGAGGGGACAGCCAGCGAAGCUGAGUACCCUCCUCUGCGCUGUGAGCUAUGUCAGGAGGUGUACUCGAACCCAGGUGAUUGGGUGAGGCAUAUCCAAAGCGCGCACACAGAGGAGCAACUGGCAAUGAGCAACCAGUCGUCGGUGGGAGCGGCGCGACCCCCUAGGGCUAGCACCUCCACAUCAGGGUCGUCUCGUAGCAGUCGGUUGGCGAGGAGCGCUGCACAGUUCCUGUUGAAGCAGGCAGCACUGAACGGGCGUAAGCACUGUCCGCUGUGCGAGAAGACAUUCCCUUCACACGCCUCCAUGAUGGUUCACUCUCGCACGCACACGGGCGAGCGGCCCUACGAGUGUCAGGUGUGCGCCAAGGAGUUCAACGUUAAGAGCAAUCUGCUGCGACACAUGCGCACUCUACACGACGAGAUUAUCAACCCGGGCAACGUCAGGUCUGCUGACUAGACGCAGUACGGUGACAACUGGCGCUAGAUACAGUACGGUGACAGAGUGAGGUGUUUAUUGUGGAAAUCUUAUUAUGUUUUUAAUAUUAUAAGAACAAGAACUAGUGACUAGUUGCGGUACAGUACUGCUAAACAAAGUAUACAUUGUCAGAGUGUGUUUGAAUGCGGUUUGCUUUAGAAGUGAAAAUGUGUAGGUUCUGUGUACAGUAAAUUGUUUCAGUUCCAAUCGUAAAUUAUUCCAUCACGUGACUAGUGGAAAAUGUUCCCAUGGAACGCCAUUUCAGAAUCGUUGGUUCAAGCUUUUGGCGCGCACUUAUAAAGUUUAUUUAAACCAAAAUGUGUCGUCUACUAGCUGCGUGAAUGAAGAAAUCCUGUUCUACAAACGUACCGUUUAGAAAAGUGUGCAUUUCUUUCAUUCCAUUACUCUCAAAUCUUCUAUUGAGA